UGACGCACGCGAAAGGACUGGACUGCCGGCGACCAGCGCGACGACCGACGAGGGAGGAGAAGAGAGCAGAAGCAAGCCAAGGUCCUAGGAGACCAACCGGAGAAGAGGAUGGUGGCGCCGACGGAUCCGAUGCUGUGGCACAAGGUGGCCGCCGUCUCCGGGGUCGCCGCUCUGGGACUCGGCACCUACGGCGCGCACAUGUUCCGCCCCAAGAACCCCGCGUACAAGGAGGUUUGGCACACCGCGUCCCUGUACCAUCUCGUCCACACCGCCGCGCUGCUCGGGGCUCCCAUCACAAAACAUCCCAACGUUUUCGGAGGGCUCCUCACUGCUGGAAUCGUACUGUUCUCUGGAACGUGCUACACCGUGGCAUAUCUUGAAGACAGGAAGUUUUCUUCACCGGCACCACUGGGUGGCUUUGCGUUCAUCGGAGCUUGGGCCAGCCUUCUCUUCUGAUGAAACUGUGCUUUAGCCUAUAAAACAAAAAAAUCUUAAAGCUCCGUAUUUGGUGAUUUGUCAGGUUAUGAAACUGUACGUGUACAUUGUACGGUAUGCACCUUGGGUUAAAUAAUUCAAUCUGUGCUUUUGUGUUACUACCAAA